AUGUUGCUGCACUCUAACAUGGACGUCAAGGAUUACCACAUGUUGUUCAUUGGAUUCAGUGGUGCAGCGCUUCAUGAUCCCCACGUAGCGAUCCUCUUGAUCCUUCAUGGCGAUUGUUCCAUGGUUCAAGUGCUUGGUCAAAGUUGGGAACUUGCGGACCUUGACAGCAAUUCAGUGGCCAGGAUGUGCUCAAAAAGUACUCCAUGGUUCCUGAACUGGACGAUGGGUCUGGCCAGAAUCUUUUUGGAAGACAGACUUGCGCACGUAAGAAGUGUGGCAACCAAGGGAUGGGAAGGGAGAGAAGAAUGGACACUCAAAGUGGUACCAAUGUGUCACAAACACACACGGCAGGCAAAAGAACCAUGUACUUGGAGAUUAUUGUCACAAUUGUGAGGCACUUUUGUACAAGGCAUGUGCUUCUGUGUAACUCUACAGCCAACAGCAAGGGCAGCAACACCAACAAGGACCCCCUUGCUGCCAAUGAGCAAACUUCUGGUGAGCAUAGCGCACGGAUCUGUUGUUGUCAAACACUGCUCACAUGCUCUAGUCUGCAGCUGCCAACAGAGAAAGGACUGGCAAGAGCGGCAGCGGGCAAGUUACAGAGGCUUCUGCAUGGGCAUCAAUGGUUCCAAAGAUACAACUGGAACAGCCAAAGUAA